GCUAAUGUCUGUGUGCUAGAAGGUGGCAAUAGGCUGCUUAUCCUCAUGGCACUGUGAGGCUCGUGCACCGUUGCUCAGAAAGCAGCGAGCGGGUGGCUGGAUUCUGCCCUGUGGGCGGCUGAGCCCGACUAUUAAGAAGUGCAAGAGAUAUGCCAGCGGGACCGUACCUCUGCCUCUUGAAGACCUUAUGCCACAAAGAGGCCAAGACGCAACCCUGAGAACGGCUCCGGCUGCGUGGGCUCCACCGCAAAGAACCGCUGCCUCCGGAAAGUGACCCAGGUGAUGCCAGUGAGCGAUGUCUGCUGAGGCUGAAGCCCCGGAGAAGCAGCCUCCCGAUCCUUCCCUAGACCCGCGCUGGAAGCUCCUUGUCUUCUACCUCUGCUUCUAUGGCUUCAUGAACCAAAUCCGACCUGGCGAGAGCUUCAUCACGCCUUACCUGUUGGGAACAGAGAAGAAUUUCACCAUGGAAGAGGUAACCAAUGAAAUCACCCCUGUGCUCUCCUACUCCAACAUGGCGGUGUUGGUGCCCAUCUUCCUGCUGACGGACUACCUGCGCUACAAGCCGGUGCUGCUGCUACAGAGCCUGAGCCACAUCGCCAUCUGGCUGCUGCUCAUCUUCGGCACCACCAUCCUCACCAUGCAGUUCAUGGAGUUCUUCUACGGCAUCACCAUGGCCGCCCGAGUCGCCUACUCCUCCUACAUCUUCUCCCUGGUCACCCCUUCCCUCUACCAGCGCAUGGCUAGCUAUUCGCGCUCUGCCGUGCUGAUGGGGGUCUUCACCAGCUCGGUGCUGGGGCAGCUCUGCGUCUCAGUUGGGGGCAUCACCUUCACCACCCUGAAUUACAUCUCACUGGGCUUCAUGUGCUUCGGGCUGAUCUUGACUCUCUUCUUGGAGCGCCCCAAACACAGCCUCUUCUUCAACAGGAGCGAACCUGUGUGCAACGGGACCUCGCCUGCAGAGCUGGACAAAAUAAACCCCGGGAGCCCGGGGGAGCCCAGGUGGCACCAGGCCCCUGCCUGGAAGAACCUGGUCUUUUUCCGGAUGCUAAAGGAGCUGGCCCACAUUGUGCAGCUGCCCCAGCUGAGGCUGUGGUCCCUCUGGUGGAUCUUCAAUUCCGCGGGCUACUACUUGAUGCUGUAUUAUGUGCAGAUUUUAUGGAAAGAGAUCGACCCCACCAGCGAUCACAGGAAAGUCUACAAUGGAGGUGUGGAAGCUGCUUCUACGCUCCUCGGUGCCAUCACCUCCUUUGCUGCUGGCUACAUGAAGAUCCGCUGGAAGCUCUGGUCAGAGCUGGUGAUCGCUGUAGUGACGGCAUUCCAGACAGGCCUGCUUUUCCUGAUGAACACGACCACCAAUAUCUGGCUGUGCUACAUGAGCUACGUCCUUUUCAGAGGCUCCUACCAGUUUCUCGUGCCCAUAGCCAUUUUCCAGAUUGCCGCUUCCUUGUCCAAAGAACUUUGCGCCCUGGUGUUCGGAAUCAACACUUUCCUUGCCACCGUGCUCAAGACCAUCAUCACCAUCAUCAUAACAGACAAGAGAGGCCUGGCUCUCUCAAUCCACCCUCAGUUCUACGUUUACUUUGGCUACUUCACACUCCUGACCGUGGGGUAUUUUGUAGCGUCGGUGUGUGUGGCUGUGAGACACCAGGCGUGCAGGAAAUCUCAAGAGGCAGCACCAGCCAAUGAGCUCAGCAGCCCGCUGGAGGAAGUCAUGGGCAAGGGCAGGCUGACAGAGCUGGCGAGCUCCGAAGCCUGAGAGAUGCAGCGGGCGGAGGAAAGGCAAGGACCUGCCGGCGCCCUCCCUGUUGGGAGGUGAUCAGUGGAACUGCCAUGACAAUCAGCACUUACAAGGUCCACGCGUCUUUGGUUUCCAGAAUAUCGGAACACUGGAGGGACCAAGAGGUGGUGGUGGGGGAAGCCUUGCUUGAUUUUCAGCUAGGAGUUGCGAACGGGCAACGUGUAUCUGGCAGACAAGCGUCUCUUUGCUCUCUCUGGAUCUUGCACAUGCCCUCUGCACACUCUCUUCUGCGUGCCCCAUCUCCUGAACCAAGUGGCGAUUACGGAAGCAUUUAUCACUGUUACACUUGGGCAACCCAGUGAUGGUAAGGAAGUUUUUAAACUCGGAUGUUCCCCCUCCUAGCCUGUAAAUGAGCCAACCAGGCAAGGUAGAUACAAGCACUUCUUCUUUUUUUAAAAAAAGAAUAGUUCAACCUUUUAUAAAGCUUACCUAUUCAUUGGAUACUAGUGAAUAUACUCUGCUGGGGCAUUACGGUAGGAUCCGACUGUACCCUAUGGCUGGUGGCUAGCACCACCGGUCGCGGUAUGUGCCAGCAGUGAUGAAGCGUUUCUGGGGCAAAGCCCCCAACUGACCGGAAAUUCUGAUUUCUGGAAGGUGCGACCUGCUCUUUCCAGAAAUGUGCAUUUUUAGUCAUUUUGGGCCUUUGCCCCUGGCAGUGCUACAUUGCCACCAGCAGUAGAGGCUGCCCGUGUGCCAUCACCAAUGGGAGCAGCUGCAUGCAUACGGGCACUGGCCGCUAGCAGUAGGGCACUGUUGGGUCCUACCCAUUGUGUUAACAAUAUUUUCCCCUCUUCCAAGAACAUUGAGUUCAUUCUUAAGUUUGGCUUUGAGGGUUCCAAGCUCUCCUGCCAUGCUCAGGAAUCCCACUGUUGAGAGUCAGGCUCCCCAAAAUAUGCCCUCAAAUCCCUAGUGUGGGGUGGGUGGGUAGGGAGUGACUGGGAGACACGGGACCAAGGUGUGUUUGACAAUCCUUUCAGAUUUUGUUAAACAGCUUGCAUUUUGCUCUGACAUCAAUUCUCGUCCUCCUCUCCUUUGCCUUCCCCCUGCCCUAAGAUUUAUUUUUGUGUCACUUUCACUGCCCCAGGCUGACCAAUGGGGUCAAACAGUAAGCAUUUGAGAGGAGGGCAGGUCAGGGCUUCAGCAGAGAUCAUGUCCCAUUAGCAGCCCUGAUGAGAUUCUGAACCACCUGUCAGGUAUGCUUUAAGGUGGAUUUCUCCAUUGAGCAGCGGGUUUGACUCGAUGGCCUUAUAGGCCCCUUCCAACUCUACUAUUCUAUGAUUCUAUGAACUAGCCUUCAAGAAAGAGGAAGGCUAGACAGACGGUUCUAAUUUUUUUUAAAAGGUGCCGGGUCUCCAAAUAACAGGGGGGGACACCCUUUGAC